AAAAGAAAAGAAAAAAAAAACCCUCGACGCAUCAUUGAGAGAGGCCAACGAUGAAGAAGAAGAAGAAGCAAGGCAUGAGGUCGGCCGAGUCCGCCCACCUCCCGCACGACACAAUCACUGAAGUCCUAACAAGACUCCCCGCCAAGUCUCUGUUUCGCUUCAGGUGCGUUUGCAAACUAUGGAACUCGACGAUUUACGAUCCUCAAUUCAUCGAAAAGCAUAGGAUUGAAUCCCAAUUCCGGAUUGGAGGCACUUAUUUAGUAUGUUUCUGGCACUACCGUGAUGAGAUUAUCGUCAAUUUCAAAAAACACGGAAGCGGGACAUGUACAGUACAUAUCCCGCCUCCACUACAUCUCAAACUGAAAAAGCCCAUUGAAGGCGACGCAGUUUUAAUUUCCACACCUAUGAACGGCUUAGUGUGUUUAUACUCUAGAAACGGUGAUAGUUGGGACCCCUUGGUUUUAAACAUUACUACCCGGGAGAUUUUGUACCUUCCCAAACCUACCACAACUAAAUAUGAUUCAUUUCAUAUUGGUUUUGAUCACAUGACUGGAGAUUACAAAGUAUUGCAUAUAUGGUAUUCGGCCAUGUCUUCUACAUGGAAAAAAAAAUGGGAAGUCUGUACGAUUGGGUCGACUGACUCGUGUCCGUGGAGAAAAAUUACGGAUCCUCCUAAAAUCAUUCGCCAGGGACGUGGUUUUUCUGACCCUUGUGUCAAUGGUACCAUGUAUUGGCUUUCUUGGGGAGGAGGUAUUUAUUUCCUCGUCGCUUUUGAUGUUGGGAGAGAAGUUUUUCGAACUCUAAAGUUCGCGGAGCCUAUAACUCAUGUUCAUUAUCAGCUUGUGUUUGUUUUAAGAGGUUAUUUAGCUGUUGGAGUUGGUGGCAAUCCAUUUGAGAUAUGGUUGUUGGAGGAAAAAAACAACAACAAUAGCAAUCAAGUUUUGGUGAAAGAGAAGAUUAGUUUCUUAACCACACCUUCCUUGCCAUUUCCGCCGAUCCAGAACGGGAGUAAUUGGGGCAUUUUACCAACGGGGGAGACGUUUUUGUUGAGUCCUGCUCAACAUUCAAGAACACUUUAUGUAAUCGAUUUAAAGGAAAAGAGAAUCACAAAGAAGAGAUUCCACUGGUCCCAACCAAGGAAGGGUGGUGAUGAUAAGCAAGUUGGAAAUGUGAAUGACUUGUAUUCCGAAGAAUGUUACAGUCAUGAGGAAAACAUGUAUAGAUUCAAGAAUCAAGAUGAUGUUCGGCAUCGCCAUGGCAGCCUCCUCCACUCCGUCUGA